AACACUUUGAUAAGAUAUCAUUGGUUACAAAGCCGAUACAGUCAUCAUGUAGUCUAUUGUAAGGUAUUCGUGGAAAACGUUAACAAAGAAAAUACGAUUUGACGUUAAUAGAUUUCUUUUUAAUUAUUUUUAACAAUUUCCAUCUGUUAUAACUAAGUUUUAAAAAUUUAUUCUCUGUGAGUGUUUAAUAUGACGGAUAAAAAAACAGGUUCCAUCAGUAAAACCACAGGUAAAACUACAUACCAAAGUGGUCAAACUACAUACCAUACGUCUGUCGUUGUCAGUAGAGAAUUCCACAGUAGAGAAGAAAUCAGAUAUAAUGCAGCCUCAGGAGAAAGUAGAUGGACAACUACUAACUUGAACGCGACAUUUCCAUCAAGAAAAAAAACAAAUUCGGAACCGUCAAAAAAUGUAAAUAGCCUGCAACGGUUGUUUGAGUCUACAUCAGCUGUGAAUCCAAAAGGUACAGAACUUAAGGGUCAGAGUUCUCAUGACUCAAUUGGCAGAUUCCCUGGUUCUUCAUACGGAUACAAUACUUCAUACAAUAAUUCUAGAAGAAAUACACCAGUUUCGCCUAGAACUGCUUUUAAUCCCUCUUACACUACUGCAGAUUAUAAUUCAGGAAGCAUAUCCAAUCCUACACAUCGACCGUCAUAUACUUUUCCUGCUCAGAAAACAAGUACUUUGUCUGAGAUCCCAACAUAUUCUAUUCAGGGACCAAAACUUAAAGGCAAAGCUUUAAUUAUAAAUAAUAUUAAAUUUAUGGAAAAAGAACAAGAAAGAAAAGGAGCCAAAAAAGAUGGAAAUGAUCUAAAAGCAUUAUUAUCAACUAUAGGUUUCACAUGCACGCUUAAAGAAAAUUUGAAAGGACAGGAGAUUAUUAAGGAAGUUAGUAAAUUUAGCAAAUCUAAUUUUAAAAAUGAUGAUAUAAUUAUUGUUACUAUAAUGAGCCACGGAACAAACGUAAGUAGUUUAACUGGUCAAGCGGUACGAGGUGGCUACACGGAAAUUAGUGGAAUUGAUAAUAAGUGUGUAGCCAGUGAAGAAAUCAUUGAAAAGUUUGUUAACAGUACCGAUGGUUUAAAAGGAAAACCAAAAAUAUUUAUCUUCCAAUGUUGCAGGGGGGACGUAACGGAAAUUCACAGGGACGCUGUGCCUAUUUCGAGGACGCAACAACAUUCUGACAUUCUCAUAGCACAUUCCACGCUACCAGGAUAUCUCUCUAAUCGCGAUCCAUUAAUGGGUUCGUGGUACAUACAGAGUAUUUGUGAAGUAUUCCGAUCAAAUUACGAAAGAAACCACAUUGAAGACAUGCUAAAACUUGUUAAUCAGCAAUUAUCAAACAAACAUCCUACCUAUGGACAAACGUCCACAUAUGAAUCAAGAGGGUUUAAUCGAUGCUAUCUGUAUAAGAGGAAGGAAUAAUUAAUUCUUUUUCGUUUAAAACCGAUGCCAAACCUGACGAAUGUUUCGCUUGGUUUCGUAGAUAUUCGCACAAUUAUUACUACCUGCUUGCAACGAGUGGCAUGACACAUUUGAACGAAUUGUCUUCUUUCACUAACAUUUCCACUAUUCGAACUUUUUCCACUUCCUGAAUUUUUACCGAUACGUUGAAACUGCAACUUUUCCAAUCAUUCGCUGCUCGCAUUUUUCUUUAAUUCACUUUUACCGCCAGAAGAUGGAUAGCAUUCGUUCGCGCUGAAACCAUUCGUCGUGACAUCUUAGGCUAAGAGCAUAGUGGAGCGGCGAGGAUAGAUGUGAGCAAGCAGCGCGACAUCGCGGCCAAAACAAACCUGUUAAGACAAGUACGUGCGAACAUAGUAAAGCGAUCUGCUCGAGCUCGAUUCAAAUAAUUUUGUUUUCAUCGCUCUGUCGCGCUGUAGAAAAUGAUAGAUUCUCUAUUAAGAUUUAUUAUUUGUAAGAGAGAUUUUAAAUGGGAUCAGAAAGAUAGUAAUCACCAUAACCGGUACAUUUUAGAUAAGUUAUGAGAUGAAGUGGCAACAAAUUUUCGUAAAGGUUAUAAAACUUGCCAUACUUUCUCGGGUUUUUAAAAACUUCAUCUAACCAAGUGUUUGCGACAUUACUGCCUAGAAUUUUAGCCACUCUUAACAUUUUAAAUUAUCAAUAAGCCAAUGAAAAUAAUAAAUUUGCACAAGUAUCUCGCUAUUCCUCGCCGCUCUACUGUUUCAACAGCUCGAGGCUUGCUCGACGCGGUAUCGCGCUGCUUGCUCGCCGCUAUCCUAGUCGCACUAUGUUCUUAGAAACAAUUCCUGGCGAAUGCGAACGAAUGGUAACAUUCGUCAGGUCUGCCCUAGGUUUAAGGUAUAAACUAGCCAAAAUAAAAUGUCAAAAUAAUAUCUGUGCUAAUAUGUGACGGUAUUGGACUGUGUCAUAUCUUUCUGUGAAUUUGUAUUUAAUUUGUUCAUUAGGUUCAAUUUGUCAUUUUCCAACUAAUGUACUUUCUUUUCUAAUCGACACUGUAAUGUAAGACUGUUGUAAAUAUAUGGAUAUAUAUACA